GCGGCCACUUUUUGAGUUGCGCCGAAAAUUUGAAAAGAGCAGAAGGACCUCUACUGAGCGAGGGGUUCCAUUGCAGAUCAUUUUGGCAGGCUUGGGGAACCGGCUAGCGAAAGAGUGGAAGGUAUCUCUCGGGAGGUAGGAUUGUAAUGAGACUGAAGCUGUUUGAAUGUCAAGCUAAAGUAUUUAACUUUUAUUCGGUCUGUGGGGAGCCACUCAAUGUUUGAGCUGCAGAGUGUGACAUUAUGAUAUUAACGCCAACACUGAGGCUUAGCGUCUGGCAGACUGUUCUAAUUGGUUUGCAACUCAGUGAUUCCUGGCAAGGACUCGUUGAGGCAGGUAGUAGGAGCCUCGUUUUACAGGUGAGGAAAACUGAGGCGCCUUCAGAUUAAGUAAUUUUCCCCUUAGAUGACUCAGCUAGAAUGGGGGGGGUCCAGAAGGCUAACCAGAACAGUGCAUGCUAUGUAGUUUCUUCGAAAAAUGAAUUUGUUAAAAGAGGAACCAUAGUUUACCUGCUUCUCAUUUUUCCAGGUCGUUUGUGGCAGAAGAAAUAGGAAGGAAUGAACAAAUAAGAAAAAUUGGACAGAAUUUAGGUUGGAUAAUCUGGGACCAGAUGCAUUUGAGAUUCUACUAGAAGUCACUUCAUACUGAUGAAGAGCUGGAUAGUAGCAGUUUAGCAUGUGUUGGGGAGGUGCAGUAGAGGUUAGCGACAUCAAGCUGGGUGGCAGGCAGAUCCAAAGGAUAUCAUGAAGUUUCCAGGGCUUUUGGAAAAUCAGAGAUUGUCUUUCCUAUUGGAAAAGGCAAUCUCUAGGGAAGCCCAGAUGUGGAAGGUGAAUGUGCCGAAAACACCUACAAAUCAGACUGUUUCUCCAUCCCAGAGAGAUGAAGUGAUUCAGUGGCUGGCCAAACUCAAGUACCAAUUCAACCUUUACCCAGAAACAUUUGCUCUGGCCAGCAGUCUUUUGGACAGGUUUUUAGCAACUGUAAAGGCCCACCCAAAAUACUUGAGUUGUAUUGCAAUCAGCUGUUUUUUCUUAGCUGCCAAGACUGUUGAGGAGGAUGAGAGAAUUCCAGUACUGAAGGUGUUGGCAAGAGACAGUUUCUGUGGAUGUUCUUCAUCUGAAAUUCUGAGGAUGGAGAGAAUUAUCCUGGAUAAAUUGAAUUGGGAUCUUCAUACAGCCACACCAUUGGAUUUUCUCCACAUUUUCCAUGCCAUUGCAGUUUCAACUAGACCUCAGUUACUUUUUAGUUUGCCCAAACUGAGCCCAUCUCAGCAUUUGGCAGUCCUUACCAAGCAACUCCUUCACUGUAUGGCCUGUAACCAACUUCUGCAGUUCAAAGGAUCCAUGCUCGCUCUGGCCAUGGUUAGUUUGGAAAUGGAGAAACUUAUUCCUGAUUGGCUUCCUCUUACAAUUGAAUUGCUUCAGAAAGCACAGAUGGAAAGCUCCCAGUUGAUCCACUGUCGGGAGCUUGUGGCACAUCAUCUUUCUACUCUGCAGUCUUCCCUGCCUCUAAAUUCCGUUUAUGUCUACCGUCCCCUCAAGCACACCCUGGUGACCUGUGACAAAGGAGUGUUCAGAUUACAUCACUCCUCUGUCUCAGGCCCAGAUUUCUCCAAGGACAACAGCAAGCCAGAAGUGCCAGUCAGAGGUACAGCAGCCUUCUACCAUCAUCUCCCAGCUACCAGUGGGUACAAGCAUACCUCUGCUAAACGUAAAGUAGAGGAAAUGGAAGUGGAUGACUUCUAUGAUGGAAUCAAACGGCUCUAUAAUGAAGAUAAUGCUUCAGAAAGUGUGGGAUCUGUGUGUGGCACUGAUUUAUCAAGGCAAGAGGGACAUGCUUCCCCUUGUCCACCUUUGCAGCCUGUUUCUGUCAUGUAGCUUUAAGUGUUAGCUUCACGUACAAAGGUAGACUACUCUGGAAAUGGGAAUGUGGAGGACCAGCAAAGGCUGUAUAAUAGGUAUAUAUACCCUAUCAGGCCAAUGUGAAGUGAGCCAGAAAAAAAAAACAAAAACAUUUAUUUGUGUGACUAAUUAUAAUUCAACAUUAUUUAAACACUUAAAAGACCAAAAAGAGUGUAAAAUUUAAAAGAUCUAAAAAUUGUUUAAGAAGUAAAUUUCUUCGUAGUAUUUGUCAGUUCCACCCUUUUCUCUGCUAAAACAUAAUGUAGAUUGCCCGUGUCAAAAAUUCAAUGUUUUUUAAAAAGUUUCCAAAAUUCAUAGCUAGCAAACCCUGUUCCUCAGCAUCCUGAUUUUAUUUUCCUCUUGCUUUUGCUUGCUUCAUUGAAAACUUAAUGAAUUUUUAUGCAUGUUGAUCUAUAAUAUAUAUAAUAGCCUGACUUCCACUGAUUAGGAAACCCUCAAAAUUUUUUAGCAAUUUAGUGAGCAAAUUAUUUCAGUGUGACAUCCAUGAUUCAAAUUCAAAUUUACCUUGAAAAGGUAUUUUGAAAUUGCCCCAUAUAAAUCAGAGGUGGUAAAUAGAAAAAGAACUCACUACCACGUUGAUUUUUAUGUCUUGUCUCAUUUCAGUUUCUAGAGUUUGGGAAUAAAAUUGUGUUUUUGUUUAUCUUAAAGCUUAAAAGUGGCAUGUAAUUAGGACACUCUUAGAUUUGUUGAAAGCAUUUUAUGACAUUUGUAUAAAAGAAUUUGUGAUAAAGUUAAUAUAUCCAGGUGCUCACCAAAGAAAUAAGUAACAACUAAAAUUAGUUUCUGUUUUAUAUUUGGUGACUGGUCAGUUUUCACUCAUUCAUAAUCAUUAGGAGAAACUGUCCAGAAGGUGGGGCAGCUCCAUGAUUUGGAUCUAUAACAUGUAAUAACUGAAUUCAGUACCCUAGUUUUAUGUUAAGCUAUUAGAAUUUCCUUGGUAAAAAUUACUUCCCCUGCCUCCCCAGCCUACCUGUAUUUCUCUCAAUGACUUCUGGACCCUGAGCUCCCUGUACAGUCUGAGGAAGGCAUUGCAGUCAGAACCAUGUACUGAUGAUAAAAAAGCCUCUGGUAGCAAUAAAAAGUUGUCCUUGAUAAUUUGUCUAAUUUUUCUGCUUGUUAAGAUGUUCAAGUUCCUCAUUGCUUAGGUGCCAUUUCACUACAGAAACAAUAAAAAUACCAAGAAUAUGCUUACAGAAAAGGAACAUGAAGAU